CAAACGCUCCUUACAAGCAAUCAUGAGUCAAUACGUGCAUGUACCAAAAUCAGAACUCGAUGAGGCUCAGCUGCGCCAGCUGGAGGAGCAUGAAAUCAGCCAGGGGCCCCUUUCAGUUCUGCAACAGGCAGUUCGCAACCAUGCCCAAGUCCUCAUUUCUUUGCGAAAUAACAAAAAGCUUCUCGCUCGCGUAAAGGCCUUUGAUCGCCACAGUAAUAUGGUGCUUGAAAAUGUCAAAGAGAUGUGGACCGAAGUUCCCAAGGGUAAGAACAAGAAGCCAGUCAACAAGGAUCGGUUUAUCAGCAAAAUGUUCUUGCGUGGAGAUUCGGUAAUUCUUAUUCUGCGCAACCAAGCUUAGAUCAACGCCGAACGUCUGCAAGGGCCAAGGCCAUUCCGCGUCCAUCUCGCCCCUUGUGCGGUUCUACUCCAUGUAUACUACGGAGCACGGCACCAAUCCGAGUGUUGCACGUCCUUAAGCAUUACAUUGAUGUAAUUUGGGGCCACCGUUGAUGUUUGUAUGAUUUGCUCCAUUAAAAAAUAUACUUCCUGCAGUGCUUCUAGCGUAUGCUCAGGGAAAUCUAGCUGAAGCUUGUUACCCCGAGCAUGUUUUUCUCGAUCAC